CCUAAAUGAGGAUAAACAGAUUGGCAUUCCAAUCAUUCCCCGAGACACAACAAACUAGCAUCUUUCAAUCCGCCUGUUACCAUCUGCUUAGAUUAUGGACUCUUUAACAUCAAAAACAAGUCCAUAUUCCAUGGCCGCCGCUGAUUCCGAUGAGGAGACUAUCCUGCAAUUUUCUUCUUCAAUAUAUCUCCGAAUAAGGAAUUCAAAAACAUCCCUCAUCGACCUCAACGAUACGUCUCCAAGCCGACGACCUCCGUCUGUUGCUUCAUCAGUCUGUGGGUCCAUUCGUUCCACUCGAUACGAUACUAUCGAAGAGAAUCCCGCCGACGAACCGUCAUUGCUUUCAAGCGACGAGCAGCCAUUGCUUUCAAGCGACGAGCAGCCGUUGUUUCCAGGCCACGAGCAGCCACUGCUUUCAAGCGACGAAGUCUUCAAGUCUAGCGAAGGAGAGGUCCAAACGUCUCCGUUUAGUGACUCAGGAGUAAGCUCACUCGAAGAAGUGUUUGUCAGAGACACUGAAGACAGAACUGAGGAUACAGAGACAGACGUAGACAGAGAUCCACACCAGGUAGAGAAAAAGAAAGAGUUUGUGAGAGACACCGAAGACAGAAGCGAGGAUACAGAGACAGAAGUAGAGCAAAAUUCGGACCAAGUAGUGAAAAACAAAGCUUUUGUCAGAGACUCUGAAGACAAAACCGAGGAAACAGAGGUGGUGAAGGAUCCUAACCAGGUAGAGAAAAAGAAAUCGGUACUUGAAGACAUAAGAGCUCUUGGACAGCUGGGAAGAGCAGAUUCAUCAUCAGAGAGUACUCUGACCAUAGACGAGAGCAACGACGAGCAAGAAGACACUCCUGUUCACAGUACUGAAGACUCAGAUACAGAAGAGAAGGUCACAGAAUCAGGCCCUGAAGAAUUGGAUCCAGAGCUUGCUACUCAAAACCCUUUACAGGAAAGCAGUAGCAGUCAAAUCCAGGAAGAACUCGUUCCAGAACCUGCUAUAGCUAGUAGCAGCAGCUUUGCUAGAGAAGAGGAAGAGUUAGAGGGAGGGAUGAGUACUCAGCAAGCAGUACAGACACACGACGCACGUACGUCAGUUCUGGACGACAUUCGCAAAAUCGGUGAGAAGAGAUCACAGGAAAACAUAGACGACCAGUUAGACAGCAAAAGAAGUAAGCCCUCCUAUACUUCGUCUGAGUCGGACGAUAAAUUAGGAAAGCCACCUGCCUAUACACCGGUUGCAGCAGUAACGCCAGCCGAGGAAGUACAGUCCUCUUCACCGCCUAGUAGAGUAAACCCUCCCGUAGGCGUAAGAGAGCCGAAUUCAGGCUCCCACAUCCCACAGAGCGUCCUGGCGGGUGGUAAACCUAAAGGCGAGCCAAAGAAACCUCGGGGCGUCCAAGAAGGAAACGUCAGAAAGAAGGCAAGCUUCUUUCGCAAGAAAGGACAGAGCGACGAAGAGCUAAGCAAACAACCGUCUCCUCCACCGAAGGUAAGAACGUCAGGACCCGGCGUCAUGGAUAGAAUCAAGACCUUCUUCGGUCGAGAAAAGACCAGUUAUGACCUACAGCAGGCGCAGACCGAUGUUGGCAUAAAGUACGGUACGUCUGAAACCUUACCUGACCAACCACGAGAGCGCAAGCCACUUCUUGAGCUACAAGAGGAGGCUCCAAAGCUAAGGAAAGCAGAAGUACAAGUAGUAGAAGAUGAAGAAAAAAGCCUGCCUACCCCUACCGUGGUGAGGUCUCAAACAAGAUCAAUGGAACCUGAUACAUCAUCUAGUAGCGGUGUUGAGAACAACGUUUCGAUGAAGAAAGCUGCAGUGCCGGAAGUUAAAACGGCACUAGCUCCAGCAGUCAAUGCCUCUGCUGCCGGUCCCAGCGCAGACCUACCGUCAAAAGAAGCAAAAUUAGAGAGAAUGACAUCAAGUUCAGAUAACACGUCUUCAAGCAGUCUUGAUCUCCCAAAGAAGAAGAAGCUGAAAAAGAAAGAAAAGAAGAGCUCUACGAGUAGCCUGUCCUCCCUCAGCAGUGUGGACGACAGGAAGGGAGGCCGGAUGAAUAUUGAUGCUGAAGAUUCCAAUCUUCCGCCGAGUAGAGUAGUUGGAUCAAAAGGAUCCUCGCUGAAGCGGAAAUCAGUUCCUGAGGUACAAAGCGCCCCUCCACCAGAGGCACAGAAGCCUCCUGCUCCGGUGGCAAAAACAACUCCUCCGAUCGCAGUGAAGAAGACACCUUCUCCGGAGGUAAAAGCUCCUCCUCCCGUGGAGGUAAAGCGCACUCCUCCUCCGGUCCAAAAUGUGUCUCCUCCCGUCGAAAAGGCGUCUCCUCCAAUGGAAGUACAGAAGCCGUCUUCUUCAGUCAAAAGCUUACCUCCUCCAGCUAAGGUACAACAGCCUCCGCCCGUUGAAGUACAGCGUGCUCCUUCCCCGGUCCAGAAGGUGUCUCCUCCCGUUGAGAAAGCGUCUCCUCCAGUUGAAGUACAGCGGGCCCCUCCCCCGGUCCAGAAAGCGUCUCCUCCUGUCGCGAAAGCGCCUCCUCCGGUUGAAGUUCAGAAGCCGUCUGCUCCGGUUAAGAAAACGCCUCCUGCUGUCAAGAAACCGGUCGCCAAGACCGCCCAACCGAAGAAGACCGCCGAGUCACCGCGCGUGCGCGAGACCGUCUCUCCGAUGUAUGUUGUCGAACCUGCCGAACCUGUGAAGACCACGCCCCCUCCUGUUCUACCUCAGGCUACCCAGGUGACCCAGGUCGAGACGCAAGCUCCCGCUCCGCCUGUCAACAACAGCGUGCCCCUGCACACAGCAAAGAGCCCCGGGGAUAUCGAAGGAGCCCGACAAUCUGUCCUCGGCGACAUCAAACAACUUCGGAAAGACUCGACGUCGUCCUCGGACAUCGAAGAAGAGGUAACCCCGACAACUGCACUUUCCACCGCGCCUCCAGUCUUCCCAAUGGAAGCACCGCCUACUGUUGUCGAAGAGGUCCGUUCGGCCCCACCACCCACCAUGGAGGCACCUAAAGAACAAUCUAUUGUCGAAAAGAUAAAAGACAAAGCUGAUGACAUGUUCAGUAAAAAGUCCACCCGUAAGGCAAAAACGAUUGAGGGUAGGGAGAUUGAUGAUGUUGAUCAGCUAAAGGAAAUACUUAAGAAGAAGAAAGGUGCGAAGAUAAUCAUCGUGAGUGAAGAUGAUCUGACGUCGAGUUCCAGUUCCAGUUCCAGUUCGAGUGACGAAGAACCAGAGCCAGAGAAACCACCACCAGCCAUGCCGGAACAAGUGGCACUAGCCUCCGCAGACACUGCCUAUUCCGCUCCUCCUCCUUCCAAGCUUCUUAAUGGACAACCAGAAACUUCUGAAACUUCCGGAAAAGUGAUUGUUUCCGGGUCAGGCCUGGGACAUGUUCCGGUUCACCGCACGGCCAAGUUCAUGGUCAGCGCUGAAAAUGUGGAGGAACUGCCAAUGGAAAUCAUCGUUACAGGGCCGAGGAAAGACCGUCUCCCGUGCCGAUACAACGACGCCAACGGCGGCAUCCAGGUGGAAUAUGUGCCCGAAGAAGUCGGUGAACAUGACAUAUCUGUCAAGUACAACGGCACGGAAGUUCCCGGCGGUCCGUUCGUCUGCCAUGCCUAUGACAUCACCAAGAUCAAGGUCAGCGAGGCCAAAUGGGACGUCGGGAAGGACGUGGAAUGCGCUGCCCAGUCAUCGAUCCGAACCAGGUAGUAGUCCGCGGUGAGGGAUACAAACGAGGACAUUAUCUACCAGUGGGGGAGACCGUGUCCUUCAACGUGGACACCACGGAGUCCGGAGAUGCUCCCGUGGUGGCAACUGUGUCAGACUCGGUAGACCGCGACGUCCCCUGCGAUAUGUACAAAGAUGGAUCCAUCUAUACGGCAACAUACACACCCACGGAACCAGGUGACCACAAGGUGAACGUCAAGUACGCGGGCCUGACCGUGGCCAGUAGCCCCGUGACCGUGCAUGCGUAUGACGUCAACCGCGUCAGCCUUGGUCCACUCAGCAAGAGGGACGAACUAGGAUAUGUGUCCAGUAUCGUGGACACAAAGAAAGCUGGCCCAGGGAUCCUGCACACGUCUGUGACCACCAAGGAUGAGACCGUUCCUCACAACUGCGAUAAACUGGACACCGGGAAAUACAAGGUCUCCUUCCAGCCCAAGCGGCUGGGGCAGUAUGAAGUCCACGCCGAGUACAAUGACGUCACAGUUCCAGGAUCUCCAUUGGUGUACGAGAACUUCGACACGAGCGACAUCGCGGUGAGCGGGGAAGGCUUAGGGAACGUGCCUGUUGGGAAACUCGCAAAGUUCCAGGUGGACGCUAGCAAGACUCCGGGAGGGGACGUGGUCGUCAAAAUAGCAGGACCUUCAGAAGACGCUACUGUGCAAGGAGAGAUUGUUGAAGAAGACGACAUCUACACAGUUCUGUACAUACCAUCGGAAGUUGGUCAGCACGAGUUUCUGGUCCUUAAGGAUGACGUCACCAUAAAGGGUUCCCCAUUCAUCUCACACGCAUAUGAUCCGAGCAAGAUCCAAGUGUCGGAUCAGAGUAAAGCCAAGAUCGGCGAUAGCGUUGAGAUCCAAAUCGAUACCACAAAAGCUGGAAGAGGAACGCUAGGUGGGGAAGUGAGGUCCAACGGAAGGUCGAUUCACAGUCAAUUGUCAUCUACCCAACCCGGGCUAUACAGUCUCUGUUAUACUCCUGAUAGGUCCGGGGAGUAUUCAACAAUCUUAAGGUUCAACAAGGAAGACGUGCCGGGUUCCCCGUACGUCUGUACUGUGGCUUCGGCCGAGGAUGUGAAGGUCAAGGGAGAGGAACUAGUUCCGGUGGGACAGCGUGCAUUGUGGGAAAUUGACACCUCGCGCUCCGGUGACGGUGAAGUCACCGUGAAGAUCGCCGGACCCCGGAAGGGAGCAGACUAUGCCGGCAGUGUGACCCCAUCUGACCAGGAUAAGGUCACGAAUGUGGAGUACCUUCCAAGUGACGUAGGCCAGUACGAUUUCCUGGUCCUCUUUGAUGGAGAGCCAGUGAAGCAGAAGCCGUUCGUUAGCCACGCGUACGACGCCUCGGCCGUAGAGGUGAACGCACAGGAGAGAGGGAAGAUAGGAAAGGACGUUUGUCACAAAGUUGACACUACGAACGCUGGACAGGGUGUCCUGAAGGCUGUAGUGGCGGCAGGUGGUCAAGACGUGCCGUCCAAACUGAGUUCAGUCGGAGAGGGACUGUACGAUCUAACGUUCACCCCAAAAACUAGUGCAGCCCAUCUUACAACAUUCUCCUUCAAUGACACCAUCGUUAAAGGGUCUCCAUAUACAACUGCCCUGUCGACCCCUGAGGACAUAGUGGUCAUGGGGGCAGGGAUAGGCGAACAGAAAAGUAUUCCGGUCAACAAGGAGGCUAUCAUGAAGAUUGAUGCCACCAAGGCUGGGGACGAAGAGGUGGUCGUCAAAGUGGCCGGACCUACGGAGAGGGACUUCCCUUGUGAAAUGAACGCAGAGGAUCAGAUCUACAGUGUCAACUUCACACCCGUGGAUGUCGGUGACCACAAGUUUAUGGUGAAAUAUGGCGAGGAAGAAGUCAAGGAAAGCCCGUUCAUAGCGCAUGCCUUUGAUCCAAGCAAAGUCGAAGUGCAAAGCGUUCCUAAGGCCAAACUAGGACAGCAAGUGUCUUUGAAAAUUGAUGGCAGGAAUGCUGGCAAGGCAGAACUUACCGGAGAAAUCAGCAAGGAUGGGGACAAGGUUCCCUCCGAGCUGUGGAAGGCGGAUGACGGGCGUCAUUUGAUGACUUUCCUCGCCAAUGAACUUGGAACCUACAACGCCCACAUCCGACACGGUGGUCUUCCUGUGGAAGGGAGCCCAUUCCCAUGCAAAGUGUUCAACAUGGACGCCAUUGAUGUCCACGGGGAUGGUGUGAGCGAGACUCUGCCUCUUCCUGUGAACGAGAAGACCGCUUUUUACAUGGAGACAAAAGGACCAGGGAACGUGGAAGAUGCCUUGGUGAAGGUGUUCGAUCCCACGGGUAAAGAUGUACCAGCUAACAUCACAUCACACAACGGAACGUAUACCGUAGACUACACUCCAAGAGAGAUUGGUCCACACAAGGUUAGGGUGCACUAUGACGAGAAGGAAGUGUCUGGCAGCCCCUACACCGUCAACGUUUUCGAUGCCAACAGAAUACGCGCUGAUCCAGACAGGACUGCCACAGUUAACCAACCUGUCAACAUCAAAGUGGACGCCAGAGAUGCUGGUCCAGGCAAGUUGACCUACACUGUCGAUCCCAACGUCCCCGACGUUAUGACGGAGCCUUCUCGUGACCAGUAUCUCGUGCAGUAUACUCCCACCCAACCUGGAACCUACAGUGUCAACAUGAAGUACAACAACAAACCUGUGCCAGGUACACCAUUUGUGUGUGAUGUCCAGGCCGAACCCGAGAUUGGUGUAGUUGGAGAUGGGUUGGUGAGAGGAUAUGUUGAUGAAAAGGCCUUCUUUGACAUUAAUGCUCAAAACUGCAAGCUGGAAGAGCUUGGCGUCAGGAUCUCAAACAACAAUGGAUUUGUCCCUCACGAGGUGGACAGCAAAGGUGACCAACACAAAGUUAUCUACACACCAAGAGAUGCAGGACCCCACACUGUGGACAUUGUGUACUUUGGAAAACAUGUGGAAGGUAGUCCCUUCUAUCCAAACAUCUCCGCACCAGGGAAUGUUCAAAUACUUGGCAAAGAGGGACAGCUGGUGGCAGAUAGACGGGCGUUGCCCCUGAAAGUGGACAAGACAUGUAAUGUGGAGUUGGACGCAUCCACUGCUGGACAAGGAACAUUUAAAUCUUUGGUGCGUGGUCCGUCAGGAGAGAUCCAGUCCUCGGUGACUGACAUGGGAAACGACAGGCAUAAGCUGAAGUUUACACCCCUUGAGAAGGGCGACCACGAGAUCUCUGUCGUGUAUGCUGGUCGCAACAUCAAGCACUCGCCCUUCCAAGCAGAUGUACAAGAGCCGGACAUACAAGUGAUUCCAGAGACUCAACAAGUACAACAAGUCCAGCAACUCCAGUCUGCGGCACCACCGCCGGUACCUUCCCAGUCUGCAAAGGCACCUUCUCAAUCAUCACGCCCUGUGGAGGCUCCUCCAUCCCCACCCACACAGGUGCCACCACCCACACAGGUGCCACCACCCGCACAGGUGCCACCACCCGCACAGGUGCCACCGCCGGGACAGGUGUCUCCACCUGAACAGGUGGCCCAGCCGGCACAGGUGCCCGCACCUGAGCAGGUGGCAACCGCAUCGCCUGUAGGUGAUGUUAUCUUGAAGGGACUGCCGGAGUAUGCCAAUGCCAAGACUCCAUUCCGAGUUAGCGUGGACACAAGGCCAGCUCCUGGGGGAGGGACCCUGGCUUCAAGGUGUUUUGGACCAAGCAAGUCCUCAGACGUGCAGCUCUUUGACUUUGAGAAUGGUACCUAUGAACUAAGGGUCACACCCAAGGAGAAGGGCAGGCACACACUAGAGGUGGUCUAUGACCAGAAACAUGCUCCAGGGAGUCCCCAUGUGUUUGAGGUUGGUUCCAAGUCAGACUACAAGAGGGUGAAAGUGUUUGGACCAGGCCUGAACAAUGGGAUGAUCAACUACUACCGAGGGAACUUCCUCUGUGACACGCGUGGAGCCGGGGAGGGCGAUCUGUCCGUCAGGAUUCAGGGACCAAAAGGGGCCUUCAAGGUGCGCAUGAACCCAUUGGCUGAGAAUGAUCGUGUCAUAGCCGUGUCAUACGACCCAACGUUCCCCGGAAACUACGACAUCACUGUAAAGUGGUCCGACAAACACGUCCCUGGCAGUCCCUUCAGGGUGUACCUUGCACCCCCUUCCUCUGAACCAAUGGGACAGCCCCGACUACCUCCCAUGAUGGGACAAUCCAUACCAAGGACAAGGGGGAGUAGUCGAUAGUAAUACUCGGAAUGAUACUAACUUAAAGUAACAGUAAUGAUAUACCAUUUGGCUUGCCCCUGAGGCUUCGCCAAAAAGGAGAUCUGAAACACUGUCAAACAAGCAUGAUAUAAUCAUCAAUAUGUUUUCUUCUGAUUAUUUUUUCUUCUGAAUAUUUAUUCUGCUGUAUAUUUUUCCUGGUUGUCUAGAGUCUAGACACUUUUCAUUCUCAGUUCUAUUUAAGUUGUAUAAAUAUUUAGUUUCUUCCAUCUUACUAUGCUUUAUCCAGGGUUUGGUACAGGGUCUCAUUUUCAAUAAACAUUUAAAAUGAAAUAACUAAAAAAAGAUUUAGAGAAACCUGUCUUCCUGAAUAGGAUUUGUAAGCACAAAAUACUUUACUUAAUAUCAUUUGCUAUUACCAUUCCUAUACUUAAUGCAUUGCUGGUCUAACAUUUCAGAUUUUAAGAUAGUAAAUUAUAACAUUUGACAAAGGACUGCAUGUCCAUAGAAUGAAUUUCUCAGGAUCUAACAUUCAUCUUUACUGUUAUGUAUCUAUUACUAUACUAUUGAAACAGUUUAAGUUGUAUAUUUACCGAGCUGCUUAUUUGUCACAGUUACUUUUGAGUUACUAUUGAGUCAUAAAACUAUUGAGGCAUUAAACUUAAAGGUAUAUCAAACGUACAUACAGAGAAGAAGUGAUGAUCUGUGGGAACAUUGUAGAUAUACAUGUACCCAAGAAAUAGAUCAGACGUAUAUGUAUCCUGUUUUUACUACUUUGCACUCUUAUUCAGCUUAAUGUCGAAAUAGAUUUUAAAAAAUGGCACUGUCAUGGCUGACAGCUACACACUAUGUUUUAACGUUACAUGUACUACUGGUAUGGUGGGGGUUUAAAAUAAAGUUAAUGUUUUAUUGUA